UGCUUUAAAGCGGAGUCGAGCCGAUCCGAGCAGAGUCAGGCCACGAAACCCGGACCAGAUGGACCAUCUCAGAACCUGAGAACUCGGACUAAAAACAGGACUGAAAAACGGAUCAAAUCCUGGAUUCAAGACCUCGUUUUCACCCGGAAACCCCCGGGACAAAAAACGGAUAAAAGCCCGUAUCGUUGGCCGGUUAAAACGGAGUGAAGACGCUUCAGUAACGGUCUGCUUCUCCAACAUGGCCGACGCCGAGGUCUCCUUGCCCCCGGCGCAGCGGCAGCUCCACCUUAGCCCCGCCCACUCAGCCCCACCCCCUCCGCCGGCCUCCUCCUCCCCCACCACCUUCUCCUGCCCCUCCUCCCCCUCCAGUGCCUCCUCUUCCUCCUCCUCUUCAUCCUCUUCCUCUUGUUCUGAGAGCUCCUCUGACUGCCCUGCCCACCAUCACCACCACCAUCAUCAUCAUCACCACCACCACCAUCACCCCCGCCCCCAGCUGCAGCUGCCCCCGCCCUCCCACAGCGAGCAGCCGUCCUCCCCCAGUGCCAGCCCCCGCAGCUCGAGCCCCAGCGGGAGCAUCGACAGCACCGGCAGCCUCGGCAGCAGCGCCAGCGAGGGCAUCGGCAGCAGCGGCACGUCGUGCGGCGGCGAGCCGCGAGGCCCCAGCCCCCCGCUGGAUGUCAUCUCGGAAGACGCCAUGGAGAUGGACCUGGGGGUCGAGCAAGUGAUCGACCCGGAAGUGGCCUUAAAGGCUUGCCAGGAGGUUCUUCUCAAGGUCAAGCUGCAGAACAGGGAAGUGCCUGAACACCAGCAGCAGGAUGAACGGCCCCAGCAGCAGCAGCAACACACAGACUCAGAGUUCUCCGGUCCACAGUGGCACAUCAGCCCAGAAACCAGCUCCAUCAAAGAAGAAGAUGAGGAUGAAGAGGAGGGGACUUCUGCGAAGGAUGGAGAAAAACAAGGCGGUACUCCCAAGCAAGAUCCACAUCCUUCAGCCUGGCCGGAGUCUUCUUUGCUGCCGUCGUCAUCGUCUAAACAGUCGUGGCUGCUGCGCCUGUUUGAGUCCAAGCUGUUUGACGUCUCCAUGGCGAUCUCCUAUCUGUACAAAUCAAAGGAGCCCGGGGUGCAGGCGUACAUCGGGAACCGCCUCUUCAGCUUCCUCGACGGCGAGGUGGACUUCUACCUGCCACAGCUGCUCAACAUGUAUGUGCACAUGGACACCGAGGUGGGAGACGCCAUCAGACCUUACCUGAUCCACCGCUGCAGAGGAAGUAUAACCUUCUCUCUGCUGACGGCGUGGCUGUUGGGCGCUUACUCCUCCGACAUGCACAUCUCCACCCAGCGUCACUCCAGGGGCACCAAACUGCGGAAACUCAUCCUGUCGGACGAACUCAAGCCUCCCGCGAGUUCGGCCGAUGCUCCCAGACCAGUUUCGGCCUCCGUGUCCGACGGCCCGGCGUCCUCGCCGUCCCGCCGCCGCUGUCACCGGAGGCACAACAGCAGCAACGCGGAGUCCUCCUCCGCGCCCUCCGCCGCUGGCCCGGACCCGGACGGCCCGGUACCGGGGGAGGCGGAGGUGUUCGUCUCCCCGUCCAGGAGGACCCACCAGAGAUCGAAGUCAGACGCCACCACGGCAAGCGGCGGACCCGGCUCUGGCCUGCGACGCACAGGAAGUAACCCAAAAGUGGAAGCUGUCCACGAGGAGCCGGAGCGUCUCCGUCCUCAGAGGGAGUUCGUAAAGUCUCUGCUCUGCAUCGGGAAGCGUUUGGCCACCUUGCCCACCAAAGAGCAGAAGACCCAGCGGCUGAUCUCAGAACUGUCGCUGCUCAACCACAAGCUGCCGGCGCGAGUGUGGCUGCCGACCGCCGAGCACCAGCACCACGUCUGCAGGAUCCCCCACACACAGGCUGUGGUGCUCAACUCCAAAGACAAGGCUCCAUACAUCAUCUACGUGGAGGUUUUGGAGUGCGAGAGCUUCGAGACGUCUCCAGUUCCCGUUCGGAUCCCGGAAACGAGGAUCCGGUCUGCUCGCUCCGCAGAGAACCUGGACUGCGGCGGUGGCUUCGCCGCGGCUAAUGCCAACGCUAACAGCGGGAUGACGUUGGAGCACAGAGCGGGAAGUUUCUCCACCGUCCCGAACUAUGACAACGACGACGAGGCGUGGGCCACCGACGACAUCGGACAGCUGCAGGUGGAGGCAGAGGCUCAGACCAGCAGCAGUGAUAACAUCAGUCAGUUUUCAGUCGACAGCAUCACAAGUCUGGAGAGCAAAGAGCCAGUUUUCAUCGCCGCCGGAGACAUCAGACGUCGGCUGUCGGAGAACCUCGCUCACACUCCGACCUCGUUCAGGAGAGACCCCGAGGACCCGUCGGCCGUGGCCCUCAAAGAACCCUGGGAGGAGAAAGUCAGGCGGAUCAGAGAAGCUUCUCCCUACGGUCACCUGCCGAACUGGAGGCUGCUGUCGGUCAUCGUGAAGUGUGGAGACGACCUGAGACAGGAGCUGCUGGCCUAUCAGGUGCUCCGACAGCUGCAGUCCAUCUGGCAGCAGGAGCGAGUUCCUCUCUGGAUCAAACCCUACAAGAUCCUGGUGAUGUCAUCAGACAGCGGCAUGAUCGAACCCGUCCUCAACGCCGUCUCUCUGCACCAGGUGCGUAAACAGAGUCAGCUGUCUCUGCUCGACUACUUCCUGCAGGAACACGGCAGCUUCACCACCGAAGCUUUCCUCACGGCUCAGAGGAACUUCGUCCAGAGCUGCGCCGGGUACAGUCUGAUCUGUUACCUGCUGCAGGUGAAAGACAGGCACAACGGGAACAUCCUGCUGGACUCUGAAGGUCACAUCAUCCACAUCGACUUCGGCUUCAUCCUCUCCAGCUCGCCUCGGAACCUCGGCUUCGAGACGUCCGCCUUCAAACUCACCUCGGAGUUCGUGGACGUGAUGGGCGGUCUGGACGGCGACAUGUUUAUCUACUACAAGAUGUUGAUGCUUCAGGGUCUGAUCGCUGCCAGGAAGCACAUGGAGAAGGUUCUGCAGAUCGUGGAGAUCAUGCAACAAGGGUCUCACCUGCCCUGCUUCCACGGCUCCAGCACCAUCCGAGGCCUGAAGGAGCGUUUCCACAUGUCUCUGACGGAGGAGCAGCUGCAGCUGCUGGUGGAGCAGCUGGUGGACGGAUCCAUGCGCUCCAUCACCACCAAACUCUACGACUCCUUCCAGUACGUCACCAACGGCAUCAUGUGACCGGAGCCCGACGGGCUCAGCCAAUCGCAGCGCUGGAGGAAUUCGGUGGAUGGGAUUGGUCGCUAACCUCCGCUCUGUUUUCAUCUCGUCCAUCUGAAGUUUCUGAGUGUUUUGAAUCUGAGGAUCAGCUGAUUGAACGUCACGUGAGCUCCGAUGUGUCGUGCUGCGUUCACAGGCGGCUGGGAAAGCAGACUUUUCCAGCCGCCUGGAACAGAAACACUAAACGGGCCGAAAGCAUCAGAGUUCAGACGCAGCUCACCUGAGCUCAGCUGACCUGCUCACCUGAGCGAGAAGCGUCCUCGCUGAGCGCCUGCAGGGCUCCUCCCACUGUUGGAUCAGGUUUGAUCACCGAUUAAUGAAUUUGCUUCUUUAUUGAUUCUGCACAUCAGACGAAAACACGUGAAGGCGUCGCUUCGGUUUCUGGGAACCUGAGACGAACGUUUGUUAUUCAUUUGGACAUUUUAUCGACCAAACGAUUCGUCAGUUAGAAACCGACAGCAGAGCUUUGGUGGUUUCACCACAGAUCUGCAGUAAUUCAUGUUUUUAUGGGACGUUUAACGGUCAGAUACGACCUGAUGUGGCCUCGCAGUCAUCGGUCACAGUCCUUAAUUGUCUCUUCGUCUGCAGUACCGUUGAGAAAAAACAUUCUGGCUUUGUUCAGUUUCUCCUCUGCUGAUGAGUUUUAUCACAUCCGAUCUGAUUCCAGAUUUCAUCAUUUCCGUCUGCAGCUCCGUGAAACAAUCAUCAUCAGAGGACGACAUUUCAAGUGAAGCCUGUUCAGUGGUGAAAAAUCACUGUUUUAAGGUCGAUUUGUUUUAUUUUUCCUGAUGGAAGUCGAUGAUUCGUUCAAUGACGGUCAGAAAAGCGAACAUCCGCCGCUGUGACCCGCCGGCGGGUUCUGACGGUGCAGAACAGAUUCUGUGACUGUGACACGAGGCGUCACGUUCUUACAAGUUCAGUUUACAUUUGAAACGUUGGGAUCAUCUCGUGCUUUUUGGCUAAAAAAAGGAAUCGGUCGUGAGUUAGCUGAUUUUGUAAUGAACGGGUUUAUUGAAUCCUCAGAAGGACGUAAACCAUCAACCUUCCUGUUUCAGAUCUCACAUAUCUGAAUGACUUAGUUCUGAGUCUAAAACAACGGCGAGCUGGUCUGCAGCACAGAGACUGAACAUGUCUGAAACAUGUUCAGUUUAUCCCAGAGGCUGAUUAGGAAAUAUUAGCAGAAAGCUAAACCUCCGUUAGCCUCUGCUGUCCCUUUUCAUGCAAACAUAGAAUACCAGCAUGCAGGUAUUAGCAUGUCAGCCCGCUAAGCGUGAGCACGCAUGCUAACGUCGAUUCGCUAAAUGCUGGACUGUCUCCCUGGUCACGUGAGCCAAAGCGUUCGUCGACAGUCGUGUCUGGUUUUUUUUCUACAAACUCGAACAGAACUUUCACUUCCUGGUUUGGUGAGUCAGUUUGUUUUUUCACACGCCGCUAAUUCAGCCUAACGAGCAAAAUAUAAUUGGCUAAACAUCGACGCCAUGAUGUCAGACAGUAGCGUUUGAACAUGCUAACAUUAGCAUGCUUCUGACUGUCAUGGUUUUGUUUCUGAGUGUUUUCCUGUGGAGUUGAACUUGAUUGGACCUCCUGUGUUAAUUGUUAUUUCGAGGUUUAUUUAUUGCCGCCUUCCUAAAGUCUCUCAUAUUUGAAGGUUUUUGAUUCUCAAACAGGCUGAAACUUUUGCGUCUGGUGAAAAAAGUUUAAUCAGUUUGUUAAACCUGCGUUUCUGUCGCUGACUAACUGUAACGUUCGAUGUUUUAUUGUCGUCUUGGUUAAAGAAACGUCUGCGCUGAAUUUCAGAAGAAGCUUCUGUGUCACUUCCUGUUGUUUCUGUCAGCACUCACUACACAACGUGUUAAAGAUGCUAAUGCUAACGAACCCGCCAACAUUUCUCAGCAGACCGGUUCACCUGAACUGUUUUUUCACUCCACCUUACUUGAACGCUCUCCUCCCUCUUUGAGCCAAAAUGGCGUCCGAGUGGUGAAAAGACUUGUUUGCUAAAGGUUCAUGCAAGAACCUCAUCGUCCGCGUUCCACUAACUGUACAUGCGCGUAGAACUCUGAACUGAAUUCAGGGGUUAGUUAUGUGUCUGUUAACUCCCAUAUUUAACGAGCGCUCAAUAUUCUUCCUCCCUGAUUGGCCGCAGGAUACGUUCCCGCCAAUCAGGAGAGGCGGCUCUGCAGAUUGGCUAAAUGAGAGCGAGAGACUUUAUUUCUGUUUUACAGGAAGUUUAUUUUCUUCAUGAGAUCCGUGAUGAUCACUUUCCUGAAUAUGUGAAUGUUUUCAGAAUAACAGUCCGCUAACGAAACGUUUCCCUCGUCUGUACUGAACACUGACGCUGGUAACUGUCGGUGGCUUUAUUCCAGUGUGUCAACACAAAAACACUGUUUACAUUAAAAUACUGCGUUAGAGCCUUUCAGGUGAUGAUAGCACACUAGCUAAUGAAUCCAGUAGACAGCAACACUAGCUAGUGCUAACAGAACUCUUUGACUUGUUAGCUACAGUUUGCUCCUCUUCUCUAAAUACAACCACAGGUACAGUCCAUGUCCGUGUGCUCUGUGGUUAUAACUACAGGCCAGAAACAUGAGAGAAUUUGCAACAGCUAGCUAAUAAUUAGCUAACUAGCCUGCUACCUGUUGUAUUUAAUGACACAUGAACGUCAGAAGGUACCAUACUCACAUUUACACAAAAUAAGAACUGAAGCUGACAAACUAACAGCAGACUGAAGAAAUACCGCAGAAACAUACUUGGCUAGCUAGCGUUUUAGCCGAGUCAUGGUCAGGCUAACAAACAGCCGCUGAUUCUUCUGCCAUUUGUACGAGCUCUUUUUCCUGUUAGAUUUCAGAAAGUGACUGAAUUUUGGACACAGUUAGCAGAGGCAGUCUGUUUUAAACGAGGUGUAAAGCACUGUACGGGUGCUGUAGCUUAGCCUGCCGGCUAACUAGACACCAUCAUACAAGAGCAGUGAUCAAAUCCAUGAGUUCACUAUCAUGACUUAUUUUCAGUCAGUAUACUCAGACUGCUGUUUCUUGUUAGCCAUUAGCUUGAUUGAGCUAAAAUCAUGACUAGCUUGUCACAAAUUCUCUAAAUUCUCCACACUGUAAUGUAAUGGGGUUUUUUGUCUGGCAAGCAUUAUUUUAGUCUUUAUCUAUAUUCUAUUUUUUUGUUUGUGUUUAAUGUUAGAAAUCAAUGUCAUUAACUGCAACAAGAGGAACAACCAGUUAGCUAACUGAGGAGCUAAGGCCUGUAGCUAACAAGCACAAAAGUGAAGUAAAACUGCACAGACUAGCUAGCUAGCUCAGUUACUCAGCUUCUAGCUAGCUGAUGACAGACCUGAACUCUCUAUAACACUAAUGAGCAGAUCUACAGUGAUCGAAAUUCAGUUUGUUGUAACUUCAGUUUACAUUUGGGUCAUUUUUAAUCCCACUUUUAUUUCCUGUUCUUGAAUGUUAACGCAUCAUUAACUGCAACAGGAGCAACAAAUCACACAACGAGCUGAAACAAACUUUUCUUAUACUAACGGUAGAACUGUAAACUACAACAGCUGCUGCUCACUGGAAUAAAGCCCAUAAUAAAUGUUACUGUCAUGUGAUUAACAUCUGUACUGUUGUUCGGAGAGUUUUUUGUAUUCUGACCACUAUUGAAGGAGAAGCACAGCUCUGUUAUCGUCUGCUAACUGUUAGCCUGCUACUUUAUAUGACAUAAAGUUUACCAGAGAAGCAGUUUAAAUAACAAAUACUCCUUCCUGUUCUUUCUUUCCAUUUGUGAAUAUGUACGUAUGUAAAUGAAGUGAUGAGAAAAAUCGAUGCCUUGAGACGUACAGAAGGUACAAACUCUUAUCAAUGCAACAGGACCUGAGAAGUGCUUUUAUAUCUGACGUUUGACCGCUUCAGGGACGAGUUUCAACACUUCAGUGUCUUCCUCUCCUACGUCAGCCAUCGUCGUCACAUUUAAACCGUAGAUCCGUUCAUGACAGCUGAAUUGACUUUAAAGUGUUAAUUUCAAGCAUCACGGGUGACUCUUGAUGUCGUCACUGUUUCUUUGUUUUCUGCUGUUAAACGUUAAUUACACACCCUGAAGAUAAACUUUAAAUUAUAGCUGCUGAAACUGUCGUUUUUCUGGUGAAGUUGAAGAGGAAGACGGUGUGUUGAAACUCGUCCGUGCUACUAAAAACCUUUCAUUGCCUUCUUUCUUCCUUCCAUCAGCUCAAACACAUUCAAGGAAUUCAAUGUGAAACCUCUUAAAGUGCAUUUAU